UUUGUAAUACGGAUGUCACGAAAAAAACUCGAGUUAUGUUAUGAAUCCCAUGUAAAAAUCACAUCAUAAUAAAAUCACUAUCGUCCAGAGAACAUCAGCGAAAAUGCAAUAAUUUGUGAAAUAUUUUGCGUGUGAAUGUCUUGUGUUUUGCAUAUGUAAAUGUUUUUCGCUGAAUUGCAUACUUAGUCGGCAAUUUACAAAUAAAAAAUGCCACCAAUUACAAGAAAUCAGUUGAGAAGAAAUUAUCAAACUGAACCAUAUUCCAAGGACAGUCGCCAUACAGAAAAGCGAACAGCUUUAGUGGAUUUAGUUGCAAAUAAUGGCUCUAAGAAGUAUGUUACCAGGUCAGAAUCAAAAAAAAUAGAAGAAAGGGUUUUCAAUAAAAAUGAUAAUAUUUCAAAUACAAAAAUUGAAAAAAAAAAUAAAAUUUCUCAAAAUAAAGUAGACAUAAUAAAAUCUGUUGUCGAGAAAAUAUCCGAGACAAGAUUAUUAAAUUCAAAAGAUGUUUGUUCAUCAUCUUUGGAUAAUUCAAAAGAUAGCACUUUAUAUCAAUCGGCUGUUGAAGAAUCAAUUGAUUCUAAAUUACAAAGAAAAUCUGAUGAAUUGUUUCUAUCCGCUACUGAAAGUAGCCUCAGUAGUAGUACAGCUCUAGUGAACAGUAAUAGUUCAGAAUUAUAUGAAUCUGCUAUUCAAGAAAUUGUUACUUCUAAUAAAGAAGUAGAAGAAGAAGAAGAAAUUUUUGAAAUAGAUCAGACCAGUUGGAAUAACUUUGUUUUUGUAGGAUGUUAUGCAAGAGAUAUUUUUAAGUAUCUUAGGAAUAGAGAAGAACAAUUUGUUAUUACUGACUAUAUAAGUGACCAAAGUGAAUUAACCCCUAGACAUCGAGCGAUUGUUGUUAACUGGUUAGUCAAUCUUCAAGAAAAUUUUGGUUUAAAUCAUGAAGUAUUAUAUAUGGCUGUUAAAUUAAUUGAUUUAUACUUAAUAAAAAACGAAACACCCAAAGAUAAAUUCCAACUACUUGCAUCAGCUGCUUUAUUAUUGGCUAGUAAGAUUGAUGAGAGAGAACCAGGGUUGCCUUAUGAUUUAGUCAAACAAAGCAGGUUUAUAUUUACAGAGGAUGAAUUAUUUGUUACAGAAAGAACACUUUUUAAAGCUUUAAAUUUUGACAUAAAUGUUCCAAUGUCUUAUUGUUUUUUAAGACGUUUUGCACGAUGUAUGCAAGUACCAAUGGUGAUGCUAACAUUAGCAAGGUAUAUUCUAGAACGUUGUCUCAUGGAGUAUAGUUUUGUAACAAUUAAAGACUCACUUAAAGGCGCAUCAGCACUAUACUUAGCUUUUCAAAUGUGUUCAAAGCCACUCAAUCAUACUGAGUUUUAUAAGUACACGGGAUAUUAUGUACAUGAUAUCAAAGGUACAGUGAUUGCUUUGAAUAAUAUGUUACAUACAGAACAUACAGGUUUAACUACCAUUAAACAAAAAUAUACUCAUGAGACAUUUUAUAAAGUUGCUCGCAAACCUUUACUUAGCAAUUCUAAACUACAAUUCGACUAAGUCAACUCUAACCUUGGUUUAGUUAUUAAUAACUGUAUUUUUUUUUUUUUUGUUUAUACUUUAUUACUUUUCAUAUUUUUUUAUUUUAUGGGUAUUAAGAAAAACACUUUUUAAAGCAGCACUUCUAGAACUAAAAAAAAUUCCAGUUCAAUGUACAUAAAAUAUUGAUUAAAUAUUCCUUUUAUAACACAAAGCUUAUAUUUUUUGAAGAACAUUGAAGAAAUUAUCUAGUGAUACAUUGUUAAUGUUUUUCUAGUUUUAUAUCUAGAACUAUUAUAACAUAAUUGUAACCUAAUUCACAUGUACUGUAAUUUUUUUUUAUAUACUUGUACAUACAAUCUUAAAAAUUUUCAUUUCGUAUUUUAUAUACAUGUAUAUGUACAUAUUUAUAUUUAUAUAUAUAGCAUGCUUUCAUUUGUGAAAAAAAUGUUCAUAAUAAUCAUUAUAAACAUUUCUUCUAAAAACUUGUAAAGUGUGAAUAUUAUGUUUUAUUUGGUGUUUUUUCUUUUUAUUCUUUAUGAUUAGCUCCUCUGUAGAUAUUCAACUAUAUUAUGAUUAAAAAUGACUGGAAUUUUAAAUGUGUCCUUUGUGUCUAAUGAAUAUUGUAAAACUGCUAUUGUAUUCUAAUUCAUUUUAUAUUGAUAUGUAUUCCAAAUUUUAUAUUGUAUUUUUUAUGUGCAUUAAAUAUUCAGUAAUUUUUUUAAUGUAAAACAACUAUUUAAUUGAUUUUCUUGGUAAUUUUUUAGCAUAUUGUUUAAUCGCUGCCUGGUUAUGUUAUUAAUAUGGUUUUAUUAAAGAUAAAUACUUAAUCUGUGUUAUUUAAUAUGUGUAUAUAUUUCAAAAAUUAAAAUUAUAAAUGAAAAUAAAAUAGGUUUGCA